CUAGGCUGGGCUUGGGCUCACCGACAUCGGCUUGCCUCUGCCGUUCAAGCACUGGGAUGAAAGACAUAUUCCACCAUCUAAGCCAACACUUUGGAUUCUCAGGUGAGGAUGACCCGGCCCCUGGAGCAGGCAGUAGCUGCCAUUGUGUGCACCUUCCAGGAGUAUGCUGGGCGCUGCGGGGACAAGCACAAGAUCUGCCAGUCAGAGCUCAAGGAGCUGCUGCAGAAGGAGCUGCCCACUUGGACCCCGAGUGAGUUCCGGGAGUGUGACUACAAUAAGUUCAUGACCCUUCUGGAUACCAACAAGGACUGUGAGGUGGACUUCAGCGAGUAUGUGCGCUCGCUUGCCAGCCUCUGUCUCUACUGCCACGAGUACUUCAAAGACUGCCCCCCUGAGCCCCCCUGCCCCCAGUAG